AUGUCUAGUAGUUCCAGCAUAAUACGACUAGUUGCUCAAUCUUGGUGAGUGUUGGGAACCAUUGUUUUGGUUUGACAAAUGGGGAAGCUCUGUGGUAAAAUUACGGUGGAUGGGGCCGACGGAUCGCGGUCGGCAGGUCUUGUUGUUGCCUAGUUACUGGUGAUAGUACCACACAUGUUUCUGUAGUUCUGUAGCUAUAUAUCAAGACUAUUUGCACAACUAUGUUCGUCAAACUUGAGAGGAAAAAGAGAGAGACUUCAAUGACUUCUCAUUCCCAAGAGAGUCUCUAUCUGCAAAUGUCACAACAAAGAGAAUCAAAGCAGGAGGAGGAGGAGGAGGAGGAGGAGGAGGAGGAAAAUGAAGCUCAAGAUCAACCAGAAGUUGCUCAAGCACAACAAGACUAUGGAGCAAGCAGAGUGGAAUCUAAACAACCAAGCAUGAACAAUGAAAGAUAUGGAAGGAUCGUGAAGGUUCAAGGAGGCCACGUUAUUAGAUCAAUUGCGAGAAAAGACAGGCACAGCAAGAUCUACACGUCCAAGGGCCCAAGAGACAGAAGGUUCCGGCUUUCAGCUCAAACUGCCAUAGAGUUCUAUGAUGUUCAAGACCGUCUUGGCUUUGAUAGACCAAGCAAGGCCAUUGACUGGCUCAUUCACAAGGCCAAGGCCGCCAUUGAAGCUCUUGAAGAUUCUUCUACUACACACCAGCCUCAGCAUCACCAAGGAGGCAAUGCCGAGCCUGAAACUGUCAAAACUCAUCAGCCUUUGGACGAGGGCACUAUGAAAAAUGAGAGCAAAGAACCUGUUCUUGACUAUGCUGAAGAAGCCCUCAAUUGUGCUCCCAAUUUAUCAGAGGCCAAUUUCAUGGAGAUGGGUUGGUUUCAAAGUCUGAUGGCUUGGAAUUACAAUGCAGGUGAUGGUGGAGAAGGUUGUUCUUUCAAUUCAUCAUCUGUUACUCUGCUAUAGUUAACCAUUUCUUUGGUCAAAACUAGUUGCUUGACUCAAUUUUCAGCUUCAGAUUUGUUUUUGAGCUAGAUGAAGUCUUUUGGUUAGUUCUAAAUUUUCAUAUUA